CCAUAUUGGGGCAUUGCCUCUAGUGAUUCCGAGCCGCAGAUCUCGCGAUACCUCCGCGAUCGAUUGGUCGAGGAUCUAGGAAGAGCUUCGGCGAAGUCAGACUGGCGCGUCUUCGUCAUUGCCUGGGUCCCCGCUCGACUCUUAAACCAGCUCGGGUCUCCUUAGACCUAGGUGGCCUUUCCCGUCAGGGAUUGGGCAGCCUGGAGAAGUGAGCGCUUGCGGUGUCCUCCCCCGGGGCGGCCAGUGUUUUUGCAGCGGUCCUUCUCCCUUCCUUCCGAGGAGGGGCUGCAAGCAGUGCAAGGCGUUCGGGACGAGCCGCUGCGGCCAAGCGACCGAAGUUGCAGCUAGGCGACUUUCCCACCACCUCCCUCCGCGCGGGAAACUCCCUUUCGCUGCAGGGGGAGGAGCCGAGGUCCCCGGUUCGAGGGUCUCCUCCCUCCCGGCCCCGCUGGGUGGGGCGGACUUGGGGGUCGAGAUGACCCAGGAGCGGCCCAAGUUCUACCGGCAAGAGCUGAACAAGACGAUCUGGGAGGUGCCCGAGCGUUACCAGAACCUCUCGCCGGUGGGUUCUGGAGCUUACGGCUCCGUCUGCUCUGCCUUUGAUGCUAAAACUGGCCUUCGUGUGGCAGUGAAGAAAUUGUCCAGACCAUUUCAGUCUAUCAUACACGCCAAAAGGACCUACCGCGAACUGCGACUGCUUAAACAUAUGAAACAUGAAAAUGUUAUUGGACUUCUAGAUGUAUUCUCACCUGCGAAGUCAUUUGAAGAGUUCAAUGAUGUAUAUCUUGUAACCCAUCUUAUGGGAGCGGAUUUGAACAAUAUUGUAAAAUGUCAGAAACUCACAGAUGACCAUGUACAGUUUCUCAUUUAUCAAAUUCUUCGGGGUUUGAAGUAUAUCCACUCUGCUGAUAUAAUACACAGAGAUUUAAAACCUAGUAACCUAGCUGUGAAUGAAGACUGUGAGUUGAAGAUUUUGGAUUUUGGGUUGGCACGGCAUACAGAUGAUGAAAUGACAGGAUAUGUAGCAACCAGGUGGUACAGAGCUCCUGAGAUCAUGCUGAACUGGAUGCAUUACAAUCAAACAGUUGAUAUUUGGUCAGUUGGAUGCAUUAUGGCUGAACUUUUGACUGGAAGAACACUAUUCCCUGGUACAGACCAUAUUAACCAGCUUCAGCAAAUCAUGCGUCUGACGGGGACACCCCCUGCAUAUCUCAUUAACAGGAUGCCCAGCCAUGAGGCAAGAAAUUACAUACAGUCCUUGUCUUACAUGCCGAAGAUGAAUUUUGAAAAUGUAUUUAUUGGUGCGAAUCCUCUAGCUGUAGACUUGCUGGAGAAGAUGCUGGUGCUGGACACAGAUAAACGGAUUACUGCUGCUGAAGCUUUGGCCCAUGGCUAUUUUUCUCAGUAUCAUGACCCAGAUGAUGAACCAGUGGCAGAUCCUUAUGAUCAAUCCUUUGAAAGCAGAGAACUUGAUAUUGAGGAGUGGAAAAGCCUGACCUAUGAUGAAGUGGUUAGCUUUGUGCCACCACCACUGGACCAGGAGGAAAUGGAAUCCUGAGCACCUGUUUCUCUUUGUCCCAUAUCACUGUGAGGGGAACAUCUUUUUCAUAGGAAUUCUCCACAUACUGUUCAAGUGCCUCUUGCCAUGAAGAUUCUCCUUGGGGGAGGAUGUGUGCAUGUGUGUAUGUGUGCGUAUGUGUGAGUGUGUUGGAUGAAAAGGACGGAAAAGAAAGAUUCAAAGGGAAAUAUUUAUACAGAAACUGUAUAAAAUUGCAUGUUCUCUUGUAUUUUUGUACACAGUUUGGGACAUGUUUCUGCAGACCUGUUUGAUUGCUUUUUUGCCUUUACUGCUGAUAAUCAGCUUUCAUUGCUCUAGGUCUAGGCAGAUAGUAUGCAGGGAAGCUGAGAUUUCAGAUGCUCAGUAGAAAUCGUUGCCAUUAAAUGGCUCUUCUACCAAGAAAAGACUUAGAAAAUGGAAACUGAACUAUUACUUGAACUGUGCUCCCUGCUUUCCAAGAUGAGGGGGUGGCAGAUUUAUUUCAGUUACUUAUCCCCACAAAGUCUCCCCACUAUUUUAUAAUAGCAGAAAAGUUGACUCCUGAACAUCUCGCUGUCUUCAAUAUGAAACAGGUGGUGGUGGUGUUUUUAAAAAAGUUUGUGCCUUAAAUCAGUGUUUCUCAACUUUUGACAGCUUUAAGGAAUAUGGCUUCAACUCCUGGAUUUCUCCAAUCUACAUUCUGGCUGGGAGAUUCUGGGAGUUGAAGUCCACACAUUUUAAAGUAUCUGAGGUUGAGAAUCACUGCCUUAAAUGAUUGAGAGUAAAAUUAAGUCUGAGUCUCAACAAUGGAAUUUGGAGGUGGUUUUUUUGGAGUGCAGGCCUCAAAAUUCCUAGGUAUCCCUGCCUGACUACUGUAAUCAAGACACAGAUAUUCCA